AACAGUAUUGUCUAUACAGCGGGGAAAAAAAAGCAGAGCUCAAGGACACCCUGGUUUUACAAACACGAAAUUUUGGAUUUUUGUGGCUGAACUUUUCACGUGCAAACUUUAGCUGUAGGAUUGUUGUGCCUCUUUCCCCUCCCCAUUUUCUGGAGAUCAGCCAGCAGCAGGGAAAUCCUCUGGGUAGAGGAGAGACAAGAGUCUGCAGCUCUGCUCAACCAGGAAGAGCUCCACCUUCGACAGAGCAAACAACAACCUCCCUUGGCUUGCUCGCUCGCCCAGUCUUCUUGUGCAACUGCACGACCACUAUGAUGCUGCCUAAGGCUGGCCCCAGCACUGGCCAGACCUGUGGGCUUGUGCUGAUCUUCGCCGUGCUGCUGCAGACCAUUUGCGUGGCGGUUACUUUCCUUUACUUCACUAACGAACUGAAACAGCUCCAGGACACAUAUUCCAAGAGUGGCAUUGCUUGUCUCACUGGGGAAGAUCUGGGAACUUUUGUGAGAAAUGUGGAUCUAAAUGAAAAUGAAGAAAGAGAGAGUGACCCCUGCUGGCAAGUGAAAUGGCAACUAGGAAAGAUAAUUAAAAAGAUGAUAUCAAGAAACUAUGAGGAAAACAUUUCAUCUGCUAUGAAAGCUGAACGUUCUCUUACUCUUCCAGUAAGUGAAGAACAGGGAUCUCAGAACCGCGGACACAGAAUAGCAGCUCACUUAACUGGAAGCAGCAAUAAGAAGAGCUCUCUAUCCACAUCAAAUUCCUCAUCCAGAAGAGGUGUUGGGCAGAAAAUAAAUACCUGGGAGUCCUCAAGGAAAGGUCAUUCAUUCCUCUAUAACGUGGAGUUGAAAAAUGGGGAGUUAAUCAUACCCAGAACAGGGUUUUAUUACAUCUACUCUCAAACUUACUUCCGAUUCCGUGAACCCGAGACUGAGGAUUCAGAAUCAGAUUUGUUAGCACAAGUUAGAAACCCUAAGCAAAUGGUCCAGUAUGUUUACAAACUGACGACUUAUCCAGAGCCUAUUCUGCUCAUGAAAAGUGCGAGAACCAGCUGCUGGUCUAAAAAGGCAGAAUAUGGACUUUACUCCAUAUAUCAAGGUGGAGUAUUUCAGCUCAAAAGGCAUGAUAAGAUUUUUGUCUCAGUCAGUAACGAGGACAUGGUUGACAUGGACAAAGAAGCAAGUUUUUUUGGAGCCUUUUUGAUCAGCUGAAUGAUUAACAUAAAACCAGAUCCCAAAGGAAUCAUUUUUAAAAAUCUAUAAUCAAAAAUGGCAGAGGUGGGCAGAAGCCCCUGUGACAACACAGUGAAUUCAAAACAAUAAUGACAGUGCAAGAUUCUCACUAUCAUUUCAUCACAUCAAAGGUUUGAUUGCUCUGAGAAAUGAUCCUGAAAGUCAAUAAGGAAGAACACUAGCUGCCCAGUACUGUGCCUUUUAUAAUUGCACAGCAAAUCCCCAGACAUACUAGGCAUUGCCUGGAUUUUAAUAUGUCAAAGAUUAAUAGCUUUGACUAAAACCAGAUCAAGUGCAGCCAGGCACUGUCCAGAUUUCCCCGUAUCACUGUACCUAAGCAUCUCAAAACCUCAUUUGUGGCAGACCCUUUGCAGGAAAGUUGGAUUUGCACAGAGACUAGAUGGAGACGAUAGACUUGCAUAGGGGAUUGGAUUGAGGUUGGAAAACGGAUUUGAUCGUGAACUACACUUUGGAUCCUAUGCUGCUGAUUCUCCUGUGAAUAAUCUUUACAGAAGCAGAAGUCCCUCUGAUUCCAGUUGAACUACUCUCCUCAGAAAACUUUGCAAGAUCAUGUCCUGUGUUUCAAUCAUAGAUUUCAUAAAAUGAAAGGCAAGCAAAUAAUUAAACCACGGCAACAUCUAACCACAUACUUAACUUUCACAUACGAGUCCUCAAUUUGAAAUCAGUAGGAAACUCAUGUGCUUAGUUAAACAUGUGCUUAAGUGCUGUGUGGGAUCACAGCCCGAAUAAGGAGAUUAUUUUUUGUCUUUGUUAGUGUAUAGGUGACAGAAAAAUGAAGUGACACAGCAGAGCCAUUGAAAUCAGUAAGUCAAUACUACAAGUUCUCAGUACAUUUUGGUAUUUCCAUAUCUGCUUAGUUGAUUAAUCUUAUACUGCAGAGAUUUCACCAGACUUACACUAUGCUCAAACUAUACUUACUGAGAAUGAGUAUUUGAUCCAGAAUCCAGGUGUUUUCUUUUAAAUGUUGCAUUCAGAGUACUACAUUAUUUGUCUCAUAUUAAGUAUGAUAUGUUUUUUCUAUGUUGAUGGGUAUGGAGCCAUGGGACGUGAUGUGAUACAGAAUAAUGAGCUUGAUGAAUGAGAUUUGAAAAACAUUCUCAUUUCUAGAGAGGAUACAUGUGCUGAUUUUAGUUAAUACUGUUUAAAAAUUUGUUUUAUUUGCAAGACUAUGAGCGGAAGACCACUUAGCAUGUGUUUUUCUACCCGAGUUGAAUAUUGUAUUUGUUAGCUGUAAGAUUAGAAUUUUUUUUUCAAAAGUGAAAGUAUUGCUAAUAAUAAGUAAUAGAGCCAGAUCUUCAGAUGGCGUUUCAGGUAGUGUAAGUCAGCAAACCUCCAGAGCAUGUCUACACUAAGGAGAAGAUCGACCUUCUGGAGGUUGAUCUUCUAGCAUUCGAUUUAGUAGGUCUAGUGUAAACUCCCAAAUCAAAUGCUGAGAGCAGUCCCUGCCAGCAUCCUGUUCUCCUCAUUCUGUGAGGAGUAAGGGAAGCCAACAGGAGCAUGUGCUCCUAUCAGCCUCCCGCAGUGUAGACACUUAAGGUAAGUUGAAUCCAGCAAUACAUUUUGUGAAACUGCCUGGUCUAGUGUAGACCAAGCCCCAGUGACUUUAGUGGAACUACGCCAAUUUACACAAGGGCUGUGUCUAGACUGCAUCCCUUUUCCGUAAAAGGGAUGCAAAUUAGACACAUCGCAAUUGCAAAUGAA